UCGACAGACACCCCAAGCAACCAACCCAAGCGCAAAUACAGACGCCAUCCAAAAAGCGACAAGCAUGCGCCAAUCAAGCCACCGUCCGCAUACAUCAUGUUCUCCAACAACGCCAGGGCUCAGCUCAGGGACCAGAACAUGUCAUUUGCCACAAUUGCCAAGUUUGUCGGAGACCAGUGGAAGAACCUGAGUCAUGAAGAAAAACAGUCGUAUGAACGCACUGCUAUGCAGGCAAAGGAUGAAUAUAUCUCUGCGCUUGAACGUUAC